AGAAACAAUUUACUUCGCAUUUGGAUAUCAUCGUUUAUCACGAAGUAAACUGUCCUCUGCAUCUGCCUUUGUUGUCUUGCACAGAGAGACUGUUUGGAAGGAAGGAAAGAAGAAAGAAAAAAAUGUCGACUCUCAGUAUUCCACCCAUUCCAAUUUCCCCUUCAAACGAUGCUAUUGAGCUUCACCGUGCUUUUAAGGGAUUUGGAUGUGAUACUGCUGCAGUGAUCAAUGUUCUUGCCCACCGGGAUUCUACUCAGCGUGCCCUCAUCCAACAAGAAUAUAGAAAAAUGUACCAUGAGGACCUUCUUAAACGUUUAAUCUCGGAGCUUAGUGGCAAACUAGAGACUGCUGUUCUGCUCUGGAUGAAUGAUCCAGCUGGACGUGAUGCAGUAAUCAUAAAGCAGGGAUUAAGUUCAGAAAGUCUUAAUCUUGAAGCUGCCACUGAAGUAAUAUGUUCUCGCACGCCAUCCCAGAUACAGCAUUUCAAACAACUAUACCAUGCAAGAUUUGGUGUUCACCUUGAGCAUGAUAUUGAACGUCGAACUUCUGGGGAUCAUAAAAAGCUGUUGCUAGCAUAUGUAAGCAAUCAACGUUAUGAAGGUCUUGAAUUUGAUAGAGAGUUGGUCGUGAAGGAUGCAAAGGCUCUGUAUAAAGCAGGGGAAAAGAAAUUAGGGACCGAUGAGAAGACUUUCAUCCACAUAUUCAGUGAAAGAAGCAGAGCACAUUUGGCUGCUGUAAGUUCUGCUUACCGUGACACAUAUGGCUCACUAAAAAAGGCGGUAAAGAGCGAGACAUCGGGCCAUUUUGAGCAUGGUCUUUUGACAAUACUACGAAGUGCGGAGAAUCCUGCAAAGUAUUUUGCAAAGGUUUUGCAUAAGGCAAUGAAGGGUCUAGGGACCGACGACACCACUCUUAUAAGGGUGAUUGUGACAAGGACUGAAAUCGAUAUGCAGUAUAUCAAAGCUGAAUAUGCAAAGAAAUACAGAAAGACGUUGAAUGAUGCAGUUCAUUCAGAAACAUCAGGUCACUACAGAACUUUCCUUCUCUCACUUUUGGGUCCCAACCACUAGGGAAAAAGACUGGCAAGGCAAAUAAAGUUGUGCAUAGUAUAAGAUUGUAAAUCUGUAAAUUAAUGUGUCAAGUGCACAGACAAUUAUGUACAGCUUAAUAUCUGUAAGCCUUGUUUGAUACAUAUAUUAUGUCAAAAAGCAUGCUUUGUAAUGACAGCUUGACGGUAACAUUCUGGAUGUUCGGUGUGUUCAGUUACUGUUUUCGACUCUCUUGUAGCUCUUUCAAUAUUUUGAAUCCUUUAGUGAUGUUUUGAGGUCCUUGGUGACCUUAUCUAUGUA